GGGAAACAAGGUCUCCAACACUUUUGCAUCUGGUAACAUAUGAUCGCACAUUCAUAUUCCGAGCACAGGUCCAGUACCAGUGUCCAGUUGGUGGCAAAGGGAGCAUUGAUUACAGCAAUUAUUUUGAAGUAGAAGAACCACUGUUAUCCCCUGUCUCACUUGCGUCAAAAAGUCUGGUUCUCAUUGCAUGUUAUUUUGGCCAGGAAAUGUCCACUUGGACAGGAAGAGAACAUUUGGCUUGCAUGUAAAUUGACUAAGUAACUUUUUAUGUGCCGUUUAGAGGCAGGGUUAUCUAAAAUAGAUGAUACCAAUGGGAGACAAAGUGUAAAGUAAUUGCCUUGCGGUCUUUGAUGGAGCUUAAUUACUAAAGAAUAUGUAAUAUUUACUACUGUAUUUAAUGGCAUAGAAGGUGGAGUUGGGAUAUUGGGCAUUCAUAUCAUAAAGGUCAUGAUACCUGGAGAGAAAAAGAUCUAAAUUAUCUGGCCAAAAUAAAGACAAGGAAUCUGAGUGAACAAGACGUGGGCUUCAAUGACAUUUGUUGAAUUAAAAACCAGGGGCCAGUUGCAUAAACUUAGUCACUAUAUUAAGACUGUGACUUAAGAACUAGUUUGACCAACUUGCAGUUAACCAAGGGGUAAUCAAUGUUAUUUUUCCAAUUCACAUUACACUAAUCUACCUUUUUAUUUAACAGACUUCAAAGAAAUUAGGACUACUCUUCAAGAAAAACAUUAGUGUCUUAACUUUUAAGACUAGUCUAAGUGGUUUAUGCAACCGGCUCCAGUAAUGAAAUAAGAAGAGGAAUGUGACUUCUGACUCCUUCUGAAGUAACCAUGUGAACCCGCUGAACGAAUCAGAACGACUCUUUUUAGAUUCAAAACAUUUGAGUCACUGGGUGAGUCACGCCCACUACUACUGCCAAAACAACACAGAACAUGCUGAGAAGAGCUAAGGGAAAUCAGUUUGUUAUAUUUUCAGUGUAGAAAUUAUUAAUUUAUCACGCUUUUUUUGUAUUAUUACUUCUUGAAUGCGUCUUGUAAAUAAUCCUACCAAGCGCUCUUGAAAGUUCCAAUGGAGGAGAACCGAGCUCUCAGUGAAUCAGAAAAGGUAGAGGCUCUUGCCACAGGGAACGGAGAGCGUCGUUUCAACAUGAAUCAUUACGCUACUAAGAAGAGUGCAGCGCAGAGCAUGUUGGAUGUGGCUCUUCUGAUGGCCAACUCCUCUCAGCUGAAGACAGUGCUGCAUUCAGGACCUCAGCACCGCUUCUACGCCCCUCUUAUUGCGCUCAUAUCACUGUCCAUCUCACUGCAGGUCAUUGUUGGCCUCCUACUCAUCUUCAUUGUGAAGUAUGACCUGAAUGAUGUUAAGAAACAGCCGAGGCUGAACACAAUGAAUGAUGCAGCAACUAUUUUUGUGUUCUUUACUGUUCUUAUCAACGUCUUCAUCACAGCGUUGGGAUUUGAGACUGGAGGCGGCAGUGUAAUAUUUGAGACUGCACUCCCUCGGACCAGCUCUGUAAACAUCACUGAUGAUGUAUAAGCACACAAGGACUGUCAUGUGAUACCAUUUAAAGCCUGCCUUUUGUUUCAUCAUCAUGUAUUUUAUAAAAUUUAUCACAGGACACUGUACUCCAUAUAAUAUCUAAGCAAAAUAUGUGAUGUUUUGUAUGUUUAGGCAGAACAUUUUAACAAACUAAGAAGUUAUUUUCAUGGUUUAUGUGAAAGACAGCGUGGCAUUAAGGAUACAUUUUUAUGUAAGGAACAAAAUAGAGAUUAUAGUCAAGUGUUUGUGAAAAUUUGCUCUUUUUAUUUUUCAUGUUAUUUAUAUCUUUCCAUCUUUAAAGCAUAAAACAUUUGAAAUUUGAUUUUUUUUUUUCCCACAUUUUUUUUAUUUUUUUUUGUGUGUGUGGAAGGAUUGAUGCUAAAUCAGUUUGCAUAUGAUCUAAAAUGAAGAAUGUUAAAAAAUUAAUUAAUUAAUGCUUAAAAUGAAUUAGUUGCAUUUUAAAAUAGCAUGUUUCAAAAACAUGCAAAACAAGCACAAUUGUGACCUUAUGCUGAAAUAAAGAUUACAGAUUUAAUAAUCA